AUGAAAGCUCUCACUACUUUUUCAUCACCUUACUUCAACUCUCAAGUUGAAAAGCAAUGGCCUCAAAGAUUUUCCUUGAGGAUAAAACCAAUGCAUCUAAGACAUUCAAAUGGCUGCAAAGUUAGAGCAACUUUGAAUACUAACACUAAAUCAAUUGAAAUUCCUCAUCAAUGGUACAAUCUAGUAGCAGACCUUUCGGUUAAGCCGCCGCCGCCAUUGAAUCCCAAGACUUUUGAACCAAUCAAACCAGAAGAUUUGUCACCUCUUUUUCCUGAUGAGUUAAUCAGACAAGAAGUGACAACUGAUAGAUUCAUAGAUAUACCAGAUGAAGUUCUUGAUGUUUACAAGCUUUGGCGCCCAACUCCUCUCAUCAGAGCCAAGAGAUUGGAAAAACUUCUUGGCACACCUGCAAGAAUUUACUACAAAUAUGAAGGUGUGAGUCCUGCAGGUUCACACAAACCGAACUCGGCUGUUCCGCAAGCAUGGUAUAACUUACAAGAAGGUGUCAAGAAUGUUGUAACGGAAACCGGUGCGGGACAGUGGGGAAGUGCAUUAGCCUUUGCUUCUAGCAUAUUUGGCCUUGGCUGUGAGGUAUGGCAAGUACGCGCUUCAUACGAUUCGAAACCGUAUCGAAGAUUAAUGAUGCAAACAUGGGGUGCAGAGGUACAUCCAUCUCCAUCUAUGAUCACUGAGGCAGGUCGAAGAAUUCUCCGAAACGAUCCAACGAGUCCAGGGAGUUUAGGCAUAGCUAUAUCGGAAGCUGUGGAAAUCGCUGCUAAGAAUCCCGAUACGAAGUACUGUUUAGGGAGUGUACUAAACCAUGUUUUACUUCAUCAAACUGUUAUUGGAGAAGAGUGCAUUAAACAAAUGGAAGCUAUUGGAGAAACACCUGAUGUGAUCAUAGGUUGCACUGGUGGUGGUUCCAAUUUUGCAGGACUUAGUUUUCCUUUCAUUAGAGAGAAGCUUAAUAAGAGAAUUAAUCCUGUGAUUAGAGCUGUUGAACCUACAGCAUGUCCUUCAUUAACCAAAGGGGUAUAUGCUUAUGAUUUUGGUGAUACAGCAGGGUUGACUCCUUUGAUGAAAAUGCAUACACUUGGUCAUGACUUUGUUCCUGAUCCAAUUCAUGCUGGGGGGUUGCGCUAUCAUGGUAUGGCACCAUUGAUCUCUCACGUAUACGAGUUAGGUUUAAUGGAAGCGAUUUCAAUUCCACAAACCGAAUGCUUUCAAGGUGCUAUACAGUUUGCAAGGUCUGAAGGGUUGAUACCAGCACCAGAACCAACUCAUGCUAUUGCUGCAACCAUUAGGGAAGCUCUUCAUUGUAGAGACACCGGAGAAGCCAAAAUUAUUUUGACAGCAAUGUGUGGACAUGGUCAUUUUGACUUACCAGCUUAUGAAAAGUAUUUGCAAGGUAAUAUGGUUGAUCUCUCCUUCUCAGAGGACAGGCUGAAAGCUUCACAUGCCAAUAUUCCUCAAGUGACAUCUUGA